AUGGAUCCAGCCAGACAGUUUUCCUACGGCCCCCCACCCGAACGGCCCAAGCUGGGCGAUGACAAUAAUGACCAGUUCAGGCAACAUCACUUGCAACCAAACAGACUUCAUCAGCCCUUGCCAACCGCCUUCCAGCCUCAGCCCCAGGCUCCACAGGCACCAUUGCAGCCGUCCCAGCAACACCACCGGCCUUUUUACCAGCAAUACCCAUACUACACUGCGCAUCAGCCUUCAUCGUCUUCAGACACCCAGAGCUCGGCCAGGACUAGCAUGUCCCACAUGCUGCCUCCAUACCUGGUUCCGUCUGGUUUGAGCCAAGGCCCCCCACCUGUGUCUUCUAUGCCGGCUCCACCAUCUCAACAAACCAUGCCGUACCUGAUGGCACAACACGACAUCUUUCUGCCGUAUCAUCUACAAGACCAGCCCCCAUUGCCUAUAGAAACGCCUCCCGCCAGGUCCGGUGCCUUGCACCACAAGAUCAGGGCCUCGGAACCGACUCAAGAGGAGUUCGUUGAGCACCUCAAGUCUCUCACCCACAAGGCUGCUGGUGUUCCAUUGUUGCAAUUGGCACAUAAAAUAAAGAUGCUAGAGACUAGCAAUCCAAACAUUGAGUCGGAUCCCAUAUUCAAGACCUUAAACAAUGCCAAAGACAUCAAACAGGAAAGACAUCACCAGCUCUUCGGCAUGGCCUGGGUCCAGAGUAUGUGUGAAGCAUCUCCAACGGCCGUGGUGCCCCGCAAUAGGGUCUAUGCUCGGUACGUUCUGCUGUGUGCCAACAAUAACCUCAAUCCUCUCACUCCAGCCAGCUUUGGUAAGAUCAUUCGCAUACUUCACCCGAAUCUCAAGACCCGCCGUCUUGGAAUGCGUGGUAAAUCGAAAUACCACUAUUGUGGCAUCAAGCUUCUCGAUGAUCAGUCACUGGAUAAUUCGGCUCUGUCUGAUUCUUCUCCAGCCGGUUCUGAAUCGCCUCAUUCAUUAAACCCCCAGACUCCGACUUAUUCAAACUCUCCGUCUGUAAGCGGCGGCGGUACCCCAAUUGACUCCGGUGUCGUUCGUGAGGCUUUCGUAACGACAAACUUCAAAUACUUUCCGAACCUUUUUACGAUCAUCGACCAGUCAAUGGGCCCGGACUGGAUGGUACAACCUUUCACACUCCCAUCAAUCCAUGAUUAUCUUCCGAAAGAUCUGGAUGUGGACUAUGACGUCGCCGAGACUUUACAUUCCCUUUAUCGUGUUCAUUGCAUGUCGAUCUUUGAAACUGUCAGGUAUAUGCAAGUGGAGAAGUUGCUUUCUCUUUUUGCUCCCUUCUGUGCUAUUUUGACCACGCCAGUCUUCAGGCUCUUCACAUCAGAGCUGACGUUGCAAUGGGUGAAGGCAUCAGACUUGGCAAUGUAUCGGGCGAUCCUCAAAAUGUUGACUCGCUUGCAACUCGAGUCGGUCCCGGGAGAAAUCUUGACGCCGCUCAGAGAGAUUUUGAAGAGCUUUGUGAAUAAACUUUCCUCUGCACUACUGGUGAAGUUUCCCGACCAUUUUGUUCAAAUGAAAGUGACAACUGCUCGUCAGUUUAUCUCGAUGGUAAGACGAUUUGUUCGUUGUGUUGAGUACGGAUCAGCUGCAUCCAGAGUCCUUUGUAGUCAGACAGAGCGCACUUUAAUGUUGAAUGACUGGCUACGCGUUGACACUUAUGGGAUCAUACUACGAGAGGUUCCGUGUGCUCUGGAACAUCUGCAAUUGUUUGAUGAGCUUUUUAACGACCGAAUAAUCAAGCUAUUUGAAAAGGAAUCUUCCCAAGCAAAUGACCUUAAGGCUAGUGGACUUGCCCCUUACGCCGCAUUCCUCCUUGAACUUCCUUCAAAAUUCCCAAAUACCAGUCCUUGGCUAUUCCUGCUCGUAUGCUCUAAUUUGCUAACGACAUGUCUUCGUGAGAUGAGUUUGGCCGGUGGCCAGAGUUUUGGGUCAUGGUGGGUCUUCAGGUGCUGGGCGGACGAGUACGUUAGUUGGUUUUUCGAACUUGGCGGGUACUUGGCAGACGAAUUGCAAGCAGAGCCUGAGUCAAAGAUUGAAGAGGAGAUGCCUCAGUCAGACUUCGGAUCUGCGAACAGCAGUUGGGCGUUCGAGCCGGUGACUACUGAAAGUGCUCGCUCGUCAAGCUAUGUGGACUUGCUUGAUAGGCCCAACGGUGAAAACAAAUCCUACUCAGAGAGUGAGUGGUUCUAA